ACGAGGCCUGUCUGGAAAACCGGAAGAAGACACAAAAACAACAGCGGUGGCAGCGGUCGCCCGGCUCGCGGCUACAGUUUACAAGGAAGAGCCUUCAAAUAAUUGCCUGGUCGCGUUCACAACGUGGCAGGUGUCCGCGGACGACAAAACUCCACUUACGGUUCGAGUUUGACACAAAAUGGCGUUGUUUGGGAAGCUAUUCGGCAGCGGGGGUAAGGGUGGGAAGGGACCGACACCCCAGGAGGCUAUCCAGAAACUCAGGGAGACGGAGGAGAUGUUGGCGAAAAAACAGGAUUUUUUAGAGAAGAAGAUCGAACAGGAGCUCAUGACGGCGAAGAAGAAUGGCACUAAAAACAAGCGAGCGGCCCUGCAGGCCCUGAAGAGGAAAAAGCGCUACGAGAAGCAGCUGACGCAGAUCGACGGGACGCUGUCCACCAUCGAGUUCCAGAGGGAGGCGCUGGAGAACGCAAACACCAACACGGAGGUGCUGAAGAACAUGGGCUACGCCGCCAAAGCCAUGAAGGCCGCACACGAGAACAUGGACAUAGACAAAGUGGACGACCUGAUGGCGGAGAUCACAGAGCAGCAGGAGGUGGCCCAGGAGAUCUCCGACGUCAUCUCCAGACCCGUCGGCUUUGGGGAGGAGUUCGACGAGGACGACCUCAUGGCUGAGCUGGAGGAGCUGGAGCAGGAAGAACUGGACAAAAACCUUUUGGAAAUCGAAGCAACGGAAGACGUCCCCCUGCCCAGCGUACCGUCCACGUCGCUCCCAUCCAAACCAGCCAAGAAGAAGGUGGAGGAGGACGAGGACGACAUGGCCGACCUGGAGGCCUGGGCGGCCAACUGAGCGUGCCCCCCC